AUUAUAUUGAAAGAUUUGGAGUAUCGGAACACUGGAAAGAAAUGGCGAGGACUGACACCGCAAGACAGGAGGCCUUACGUCGAGGAGGCUGAGAGGCUCCGAGUCAUACACAUGCAAGAACAUCCGAAUUACAAAUACAGACCGCGACGUAGGAAGCACGCAAAACGGACACCCGGUGCACCGUCCUCACCUCCCUCGGCGACCAACACCGCGGGCAACAGGUCCAAUCCUGCCGGCUCGGCGAUUCAUCAUUCCAUGUCCAAGAUGGAUAGUUACCAGGGCAUGUCUCAAAUCCCAUGGGGUGGCCAUUCCCCGAUCUCAUCCCUGUAUCAUCAACAGCAACAGCAGGGUAUUCAGGAGUACAAAUCGGAAAAUAAUUCGCUCUACGGCAGUCCUUAUACGCCCAUCAUCCACACUCCGGACAUAUCUCCGGUGGCCAGUCCCGAGCCCGAUGGUGAUGGUGGUCAUCUGUCGUCCGCUCAAAAUCCAGAUCCAGAACGAGAUCUGAUGGAAGGUACUUCAAAGCAACAUGGAGACAUGUCCGAUCAGACGAAACGAUAUACCUUUAUGAGUAGUGACAAUCAACUGCACGCGGGUCACGCUAGUAACACUAGCAUAUCAUCGUGUCAAAAUUCUGGCAGUUAUACGGAUACCUUAACAUACAAAAAAUCCGUGGGCUAUUUGAAUUUUGAGAGACAGUCAACGAGUAUAGCCGCAGUGGGCAUAGCGAACGGUAUGAUGGUAUCGUGCAAUAAGCUCCGCUCCGGUUUCGAUAACGUCGGCUCCGUCACGGGCACGUUUUAUCCACCAGUCGCCUCGCCGCACGAUCAAUCGCUGCAGCAUUACAGCGGCACGCAGACAUCUAAGAGCACAACGAACUAUUCGAUGCAACCUACCGUCGAGAGUAAUUACAAUCCGGUCCAAUGCGCCAACAGUCGACAGCAGCCCAUAGGAAUCCGUGGAGCCGCUGAAAGUUGUCCCGGUACAGUAACGCACCGAUACCAAAUGCAUCAUCAGGAGUAUCAAACGGAUGCGUCCUCCGGCCAGCAGCAACAGCACGCGAUUCUUGGUAGUCAUAUCGAUCCUGGUAUGAGUGCCGAGGAUGAUCAGCAACAGACGCUCCAGCUGGAAAAAUAUUUCAAGUAUUCUCAUCCGACAAGCGUAGCACAUUCGAGCCUAUCCUCGCAGAAUAUGUUAGACAGUAAUCAUAAUUACGCCAGCGAUCUGCGUUACUACGGGGCACCUCCACAGUCUCAAUUGGACAUAUCGAAUUCUCAGUGCAUCAUCGACGAUCAGCAGGGAAAUAAGGAUGCUCGUUGUUCUAAUGUCGCGAUCGGUCACACUAUGGAACAGUAUCAUCCAGGACUGGAGGUAUCCAAGUAUACAGAUCAUUCAGUGACGCAACAGCAUCAGCAAUCACAACCACAGCAGCAGCAGCAGCAGCAGCAGAGCAUGGAACACGUACCCAAGGCUGACGACGAUUUCAGUGUUAUACUUGCAGACGUGCGCAAGACUUGCUACAGUAGCUAGUGUUUCUCCUUUUAGUGCAUAAAACGAUCCACAAGUUUCGGGUUAGAUUGAUGUGCGAAUUUCAGGGACUCAUUUUUCGCUCACAAUCAAGGAGAACAAGACACUUUACACAUUUUACGUGAUUAGUGCUACCCGAAAUAUAUCAAAAGAUUUUAUCUCGUGAUAAAAGAUACAU